AUGAGCAAAAGAGUACUCAGUAUUGCUCUUUUUUCUCCAACUCUACCCUUUUACUCUUUCAAAUUCUUCACCAGAUUCCUCAGCACUGACAACAGUCUACAAGGAUUAGUAGACCCAGACCUCAAUUUCCCUGGGAACGACGACUCUUAUUCACCCCAAAAUUCUCGGGCGCAAUCAGUUUCAGACCAAGACUUCACAUUUAUCAGGGACUCUUUGUCUGACUCUAAAGGUGAAAAGAAUGGGUCUGGUAAGUGCUCAAAUGAUGCGUUUACAAUCAUAAAUGCUAUAAGGACUAAUAAUGAUGGGGUUGGAGACAAAUCCCAGAAAUUUCUUAGGCUAUUCAGGGAGAAACUGAAUGAGAAUUUAGUUGUUGAUGUGCUAAAAAAUGUACAAAGUACUGAAUUAGGUGUCAAGUUCUUCGUGUGGGUAGGUAGGCAAAUAGGAUAUACUCAUAGUUUAGCUGUUUAUAAUUCUGUAUUAGAUUUAUUGGGUUGCGGUAAAUAUGACAGAAUACCGAACCAUUUUUUAGAAGAAAUUAGGGAUGAUGAUAGAGAAGUGCUUGGGAGAUUGCUUAAUGUACUGAUUCAGAAGUGUUGUAGAAAUGGGAUGUGGAAUUUGGCUUUGGAGGAGUUAGGGAGGCUCAAGUAUUUUGGGUAUAAGCCUUCAAGAGCCACAUACAAUGCGUUGAUCUUGGUGUUUUUGGAAGCAGGCAGGUUGGACACAGCAUUUUUACUUCACAGGGAGAUGUUGCAUUUGGGUUUUAAGAUGGACGUGCAUUUGUUGGGCUGUUUUGUGCAUUCUUUAUGUAAAAUUGGUAAAUGGAGAGAUGCUCUUGAGGUAAUUGACAAGGAAGAUGCUGUCCCCGAUACAGUGCUUUAUACAAAAAUGAUAUCUGGCUUGUGUGAAGCUUCUCUUUUUGAAGAGGCUAUGGAUUUUUUGAAUAGGAUGCGAUCAAAUUCAUGUGUUCCUAAUGUUGUGACAUAUAAAGUUUUGCUAUGUGGGUGCCUAAAUAAGGGGAAAUUGGGUAGGUGUAAAAGGAUUCUUAGUAUGAUGAUUACAGAAGGUUGUUACCCAAGUCCUAAAAUAUUUAAUUCUCUUGUUCAUGCCUAUUGCAAGUCUGGUGACUAUUCUUAUGCCUAUAAAUUGCUGAAGAAAAUGGCGGAUUGUGGUUACCAGCCUGGUUAUGUUGUUUAUAAUAUACUGAUUGGAAGUAUCUGUGGCAAUGAGGAAUUGCCAAUUCCGGGUGUGUUAGAAUUGGCAGAAAAAGCUUAUAGUGAUAUGCUUGAUGCAGGAAUAGUAUUGAACAAAGUCAAUGUCAGCAAUUUCGCGCGAUGCCUUUGCGGGGUUGGAAAGUAUGAGAAAACAUAUACCGUGAUUCAUGAAAUGAUGACCAAGGGAUUCAUACCUGAAACUAGCACAUACAACAAAGUCAUUGGUUUUCUUUGUGACUCUUCCAAAGUAGACAAGGCAUUCCUGUUGUUCCGAGAAAUGAGAAGGAAUGAUAUUGUUCCUAAUGUCUACACAUACACAAUUUUGAUUGAUUGUUUCUGUAAAGCUGGCCUUAUUCAACAGGCUCGCUGCUGGUUGAGUGAAAUGUUAAGGGAUGGAUGUACUCCUAAUGUGGUGACAUAUACUGCACUUAUACAUGCUUACCUUAAAGCACGGAAAAUGUCUGAAGCAAAUGAGCUAUUUGAGUUGAUGUUAUCAAAAGGAUGCACCCCGAAUGUUGUCACAUAUACUGCUUUGAUUGAUGGGUACUGCAAAGCUGGAGAUGUAGAAAGGGCUUGCCAGAUUUAUGCACGAAUGAGGGGAAAUGGUAAUUCCCAAGAGGUAGAUGUUUACUUUAGAAUUUCUGACGGUAGCAGUAAGGAACCGAAUAUAGUUACAUAUGGUGCUUUGGUUGAUGGUUUAUGCAAAGCACACAGGGUCGAAGAGGCCCGUAGUCUUUUGGAUGCAAUGUCGGAAGAAGGCUGUGAACCGAAUCAUGUUGUUUAUGAUGCUCUUAUUGAUGGCUUUUGCAAGGUUGGUAAGCUGGAAGAAGCACAGGAAGUAUUUGCUAAGAUGUCAGAACGUGGAUACAGUCCAAAUGUUUAUACUUACAGCUCUCUAAUUGACAGGUUGUUUAAAGAUAAACGUCUGGAUCUUGCUUUGAAAGUAUUGUCUAAAAUGCUUGAAAGUUCUUGUGCUCCCAAUGUUAUUAUCUAUACGGAGAUGAUUGAUGGACUUAGUAAAGUUGGCAAGACAGGAGAAGCUUACAAACUGAUGCUGAUGAUGGAGGAAAAAGGUUGUAAGCCAAAUGUUGUAACUUAUACUGCCAUGAUAGAUGGGUUCGGAAAAGCUGGUAAAGUAGAUAAGAGCCUUGAACUCUUACAGGAGAUGAGCACCAAAGGCUGUGCUCCAAACUAUAUCACAUAUAGGGUCUUGAUAAAUCAUUGUUGUGCUAUUGGACUCUUGGACGAGGCUUACCAACUUCUAGAGGAGAUGAAACUGACAUAUUGGCCAAGACACUUGACAAACUAUCACAAAGUCAUUGAAGGCUUCAGCAAGGAGUUCAUAAUGAGUCUCGGACUAGUUGAUGAAAUGGGACAGAAUGAUUCUGUUCCCCUUGUUCCAGUAUACAAAGUUCUUAUUAAUAGCUUUCAGAAAGCUGGAAGACUCGAAAUGGCUUUAGAGCUGCAUAAAGAUUUUUCUGCUGUGCCAUUCAUUUCACCUACUCACAUGAAUACAUAUUAUUCUUUGAUUGAGAGCCUCUCCAUUUCACAUAAAGUUGACAAGGCAUUUGAGCUGUACGCUGACAUGAUAGAAAAAGGGGGAACUCCUGAGUUGAGUGUCAUUGUUAACCUCAUAAAAGGGCUUAUCAAGGUUAACAGAUGGGAAGAUGCACUUCUACUAUCAGAAAGCUUAUGUUACAUGAAUAUACAAUGGUUGUCAAAUGAACAAACACCGAAGGGCAAGGACUUUAUAGGAAUCGUAUUUUCAAAAUAUGCAUUUAAUAACUUGCGGGGAAAUUCUUGUGAUCACAAUUUUGAAGUGUUCGAUUACCAUAAAUCCCAACACGGAAAAAGCUGCGUGAAUCUGCAACAGCUGGUUCUCGACCAGAAAUUCCUUUACCUAACAUCACCGGUGUACAGAAUCUGA